UCCCUCGAAACCAUUGCUCCCAUCGCGACGUCUCUGCCAUGGCGAUCAUGGCCGUAGCCGCGCUCUUUCACGCGAGCAGAUUCCCUCUUAUCGCCCGUCGAACUUUCCCGUCUUCUGUUAGUUACUGUCCCCUGACUCUUCUUUCCAAUGGAUUCACCUACCGACUACAAUCGAUCAUCUGUUUUUCAUCGUCCGACGGUGGCGGCGUUAGCGAAUCCGAUAUGGUCGUUACAGAAGCUCAGGGUCCCAAUUUUCUGAAGUACAGCGACGAAGAGUUGAUGAAGCAAUGCAAAUUCGAGACCUUUAGAGUUUCAGGUCCAGGAGGACAGCACCGCAACAAACGUGACUCCGCCGUUAGGCUUAAACACCUCCCCACCGGGAUCGUGUCGCAGGCCGUCGAGGACCGUUCCCAGCACAAGAACCGAGCUUCCGCUCUUAACCGCCUUCGCACUCUCCUCGCUAUCAAAGUGAGGAACAAGGUGGACAUUGAAGGCUAUUCUCCUCCUCCAGAGCUUCUUCAGAUUCUGCCUCCCAAGUCCACCGUUAGAUCUUCUUCUUCUGGUUCUCAGAUUGGUCCCAACAAUCCUAAAUUUGUACCUGGGAUGCAAGCUUUGCUUGAUGUUAUUUCUGCUUCUGACGGUUCUAUCGCUGAUUCUGCCAAGUUGCUGGGCUUGAGCACUGGUGGUUUGUCUCGUUUGAUACUCUCUCAUGAUGGUCUUCGUAUGGCAGUCAAUAGCAUGAGGGCAGCCAAGGGAAUGAAGCCUCUCAAGUAGUUGGGAUGUAUAGACACAUGAAGAAUGAUGGUGGGACCUUUGACCAGUCUCUACCAUUUUACGCACCUUAUUUUGUAUACAAAACAAAAGUACAAAUGUUGAGUUCAGUCUAGCAUUUGUUCGUCUAUUAUCAUUCAGAUCGUCACGUAUUUUGAGAUGAUAUAUUAUUAUAUAGGCUGCUAAAAUAUUUAUGGUUAUUUUGAGUCGCCUUUUGUUGUGAUUGUGUUGGAACUUUGAAGCUAAUACAGUUGGAACCAUUUUGGAUUA